AUGAAUAAUUCGAGCAAUGUGACGGAAGAAAAAGAGCUUCCAUGGAUGUACGAUAUUGGUAUUGAGGAUGCAACAUGGGUGUUAACUGCUUCAUUUAUCAUUUUUACGAUGCAAACGGGUUUUGGCAUGUUAGAAUCUGGUUGUGUUUCUGUAAAAAACGAAGUUAACAUCAUGAUGAAAAACAUAAUUGACAUCGUGUUAGGCGGAUUUACGUAUUGGAUGUUCGGUUAUGGGCUUCAGAUGGGACAAGGACCUUGGGCGAACCCGUUCGUUGGAUUUGGAGACUUUUUAGUUGAUCCGAAUGACACAGAUCCGUUAAUGGGACCCGUUUUUACGUCAUUUUUGUUUCAAUUGUCCUUUUCGACGACAGCAACGACGAUUGUGAGCGGCGCAAUGGCUGAACGAUGCAAUUUUAAGGCUUACUGUAUCUUUUCAUUUUUGAAUACGAUCGUUUAUUGCAUUCCUGCGGGAUGGGUUUGGGGUCCUCAAGGCUUUUUAUCGGGAUUGGGAGUUGUUGAUAUCGCAGGAAGCGGACCUGUGCACUUAGUUGGAGGAGCUUCGGCAUUUGCAUCAGCUGCUAUGUUGGGUCCUCGUCUCGGAAGAUACGAAAAUGGCAUCGCUCCUUUGCCGUUGGGUAAUCCUGUGAAUGCUUGUAUGGGACUUUUUGUACUUUGGUGGGGUUGGUUAGCGUUUAAUUCAGGUUCAACGUAUGGCGUAGCGGGAAGUAAAUGGCAUUAUGCUGCAAAAGCAUCUGUCAUGACCAUGCUCGCGAGUUUUGGAGGAGGAAUGUUUGCUCUACCUUACACUUAUUGGAAAAACGGAAGCAAAGUUGACAUUUUUGACCUCAUAAAUGGCAUUUUAGGAUCGUUAGUUGGCAUUACAGCAGGUUGUUUCUUGUAUUCUGCAUGGGAAUCUAUUCUCGUUGGCUUCAUAGGAGGCUUUUUGUCGUUAAUUACGCCUCAAUUAAUCGACACAAUGGGCGUUGAUGAUCCUGUAGGAGCAACUUCUGUUCACGGAAUCUGCGGAAUAUGGGGAGUAAUUGCUGUUGGACUUUUCAGCGGAAAUCCUCAACCAAUUGAUACUACAGGAGGAAGAAGAGGAUUAUUCAGAGGCGGCGGAUGGUACAUGCUCGGAGUUCAAACAUUAGCUGCUUUAUGUCUUCUAACAUGGGGAAUGUUAUCAACUUUUGUCCUUCUUUGGGGUAUAAAUAAGAUAACGCCUAUUCGCAUGGAUCCUUAUGAAGAGCUUUUGGGAGCUGAUUUGUGUGAACAUAACAUCAAACAUGGACACAUUGGAGUUUCUCGAGCACUUUCUGCUCUUGCGCCUGCUGAUUUGCAUCUUGAGCAAUACGCAAAUAUCCCAAAAGUUGGUUUUAAUCCAGGACACGAAGGAAUUCUCGGAGAGCUUUACACUGUUUCAAAAAAACUUCAAGUUUGGGUAGAUGUAGCAAAAAACACGAGUCCCACAAAACAAACUUUAAAACAACGCAUGAAAUCUGAUCGAAAUGGCAUCCUCAAGAGACUUCGCACGGGAGUUCGUAAAAAGAUCAAGCUCGAAAGUGCUUUGGGACAACCGAAGAAAAUUGUUCCGACAAUUAACGUCGAGCCAGUUAGCGUUGAGAGAAGAAACGGCCCAUAUUCGUGGGUUGAAUAA